UUUAUAAGCUGUAUUUGUUACAUGUUAAAUUUUAAAAUUUAAUUUUUACGAAUUUUUUGACAGUAAAGAUGGCGGCGUCAUCAGCAGCAGCAACGGGAGUCUCUGGCAAAGAUGUUGACUCAGUUACUGAGCACAGUCAGACCAGAUACACUUUUCCUUGUUGGAAAUCCAUGGAUAACUUCUUAUCUGAAGAAGUGCAGAUCACUGGCAGGAAUGAUGACAUGAUACCUAGGGAUGACCUCCUCUCAAUGUACAAAGAAUACUGCCAGACCAAAUGUGUAAAGUCAGGUCUUGCUAAAGACUUUUGGCGUUAUUUGGACACAAGGGGUAUUCACGUAAAUAUAAUAAAACACAAGGCUGGUCACCAUAUAAUAGCUUUUGUUGGGCUACUUUCUGCUCACCCAUAUCGUGAUCGCCCAAAGUGUACUCAUACCUCAUCUAACGAUUCCUAUCCCUCGACGAGCUCCUCAAACUCAUUUAUUGAGUUUCUUGGAGAAGAAGUGAUAAUUACAAGGAUACAUACUGACCUGGUAAUAUACUGGAACCUUUUUAGACGUUAUGAAAACUUUUGUAGUGAAAGGAAAGUAACCCCAGCAAGUAAUUACGUUGUACGACGCCUCCUGACUAUCCUGGGAGUGAAGACUACCUACAGAGCUGAAAAAAAUGAUAGACAGCGGCGAACACAUAUGUACUCAGGUUUGCAGUUGGUUAAGGAAGAUCUCACCGCCGCCGCUUCCUCUUGUUUACAAAAAUCAUUCAGCUCUUCAUGCGUCCAAGAAAAUAUGGCUUCCAAAAGUACAUCAGUGGAGAUUAUUACGGCGGAUGUAGUUGCCGCGAACACCCAAACCAAAGACACUCUCUUGGACCAGCAAGUCAUAGAUCAUUUUUUGGUUAAGAGGGUGCAGAUCACUGGCAAGAGUGAUAACAUGAUAACAAGAGAGGACCUUUUCUCAAGCUACGAGAAACACUGCCAGAUCUACCGUGUAAAGCCGAGCCGUAAAAGAGACUUCUACCGUUAUCUGGAUACUAGGGGUAUACACACAAACAUAAUGAAAAACAAAGCUGGUCACCAUGUAAUAGGUUUUGCAGGGUUGCUAUGGACUCACCCACGUCGCGAUUGCCCAAGUCGUAUUUCAAUCUCCUCAAACACCUCCGAAUAUCAUCCGUUAGCUACAAGUGCCAGAGCCUCAUUCAUUCAGUUUUUUGGAGAAGAACUGAAAAUUACAAAUUUAACAUCUGACUUGGUAAAGUGCGAGGACCUUUUUAGUAAUUAUGAAAAAUUUUGCUGUGAAAAGAAUAGAAUCAAAGCUGAUAAUGGUUUUGCUGGAAAAAUACUGGCUAGCCUGGGAGUUAAGUCUGUCAGAAAAGGAGGAACAAAUGGACAGGGGCAAAACUGUAUGUACUCAGGAUUGCAAUGGGUUAGGAAAGAACUCACCGCCGCCAACUCCUCUUGUUUAGAAAAAUCGCUCAACUCUUCAUGCCCCCUAGAAAAUUUAGCAUCUAAAAACACAUCCGUGAGGUGCUAUAAGGCUGAUGCAGUUAUUGAUAACAUCAUAACCAACGACACUGUCCCGAGUCAGAAAUCAAUGGAUGACUAUUUAUCUGCAAGAAUGCAAAUCACUGGCAGGAGUGAUGACAUAGUACCAAGGGAGGAUGUCCUCUUAGAUUACAAAAAAUACUGCAAGACCAACCGUGUCAAAUCGGGCUUUGUCAGAGACUUCUGCCAUUAUCUGGAUACGAUAGGUAUUGACGUAAACAUAGGGAAAACCCAGGAAGGUUGCUAUAUAAUAGCUUUUGUUGGGUUGCUCUGGGCACAGCCACCUCUGGAUUGCCCAAGUCCUUGUAACUCCUCCAGCGUUUCUCACAAUCGUCUUCUAUCUAUUAAGAUUGCCAGAGAUUCAUUUGUUGAGUUUCUUGGUAAAGAAGUGAAAAUUACUAAGGUUUCUACUGACCUAGUAAAUCGUAAGGAUCUUUUUAGAAAUUACGAAAAGUUUUGUGAGAAGAAUAAAGUUUCAGCAAAGAAAGUUUUAAGGGGACGCAUCCUGAGUAUGCUGGGAGUGAAGUGUAUUACCAGAAGAGGAGGAAUAAAUGGACAGGGACAAGAAUAUAUUUACUCAGGUUUGCAGUGGGUUAAGAAAAACUUCAACUCCGCCAACUCUUCUCAGUAUUCAUUCAACUCUUCAUGCCCCCAAGAAAAUUCAGCACCUAUAAAUACAUCAAUGGAGUUUAUUAAGGUUGAUGCAGUUAUUGAGAACAAACUGAACGAUUACCCUUUGCUCUGCAAUAAAUCCAUUAAUGACUUUUUAUCUACAAGAGUGCAAAUCACUGGGAGGAGUGAUGACGUGAUACCAAGGAAGGACCUGUUCUCAAGCUACAAGAGAUACUGCCGGAUCAGUCGUAUUAAAGCGCACCCUGCGAGAUAUUUCUGGCAUUAUCUGAAUGAAAGGGGUAUUCCUGUAAACCUAACUAAAAACCAGGUUGGUCACCAUACAAUAACUUAUUCUGGGUUGCUCUGGGUUCAGUCAUCUUGUGAUUGCCCAAGUCUUACUUGUAACUCCUCCAGCACCUAUAACGAUAAUCAUCGAUCCAUUUCGAAUGCCAGAGAUUAUCUCUCAUUUGUUGAUUUUCUUGGUGAAGAAAUGAAAAUUACAAGGUUACCUUCUGACGCAGUAGAGAGUGAGGACCUUUUUAGGAAUUAUGAAAAGUUUUGUAGGGAAAGGAAUAAAGUUCCAACAAAGAAAAUUUUUAUUGGACAUAUCUUGGAUAGCCUGGGAGUGAAGGCUACUACCAGAACUGUUCAUGUGUACUCGGGUUUAAAAAAAUCAUCUAUUUCUUCUUGCCUCCCAAAAAUAAUGACAUCUGAAAAUACUUUCAUGCAGUUUUAUAUGGAAAGAUUGAUUAUUACAGGAAUAGAAACAGAUUUGGUAGUGCUACAGGAACUCAUGACGAAAUAUGAACAAUUUUGCCACGACCGCCAAGUUAAUCCGCUAACAGCUCACUCUGUGGGGCGGAUUAUCAGAAGGUUGGGCGUGAAAAAAGCGGUGAGACUGAAUAAUAAAACUAAAAGAAGAAGGCACGCUUAUAAAGGUCUUGCAUGGAUUAAAAAUGAUGCAAACCCCGACUAUGAUCUUCUUACUCAUUGUCGGAAUGGGCCCAAAAAAGCGACUUUAGCAGACAAGAAAAAACAAGAGCUGGCUGAAGAGCAUGGCACGUCACCUGUGAAACUUCGUGAAGAUGGACUAGAGGAUUUUCUCUCCGUCUGGACUACAGCUGAUGCAGCCGAGUUUCUCAACUGUGUUAAUUUGUCACUUUCAUCAUAUCCCUUUUCAGCUCAAGUAUCCAAAGAGCUUUGAUUAUCUUUGCUACAUCCGGUGACUAAUACAUCUACUUAACCUCUAUACUCUGCUCGUUAUGGAGAUAACUUGUUUUAAGACUAUUUUAAUUGUGGAUUUAGAUAAAUUAUUUGCUCGCUUAUUCUCAUAAAAAGGCAUUUGAAAUUGUAUUAUUGACAGAAUCAGCACAAAGUUCACUUUAUUCGACCUCAUUUAUUUUUUAUUAUUGCUUGUGUUCCUAAAAGAAUGUUUAGAUGCAUGUUAGUUAUACUGUCCUGUGUGCAUGUAAUGACGUGCGCUCCUAAAAGAAUGCUUAGAUACAUGCAUAUAUACACGUGCCAAUUUAUGUUCACCUAUAUACAUGUUCUUAACUAUCUUCAUGCCAGCAGGUGACCACAGUUGGUGGCACCACAUCAUUCUGUGUAGUGCUAUUUUAACCUGUUGUCCAUAAAAGUUUUAAAGGUAUUUAGGUCUGUUUUAUAAAAGAAAAUCUUUGUUUUUUUAAAUGUUUUUGUACAAGUUUAUGGAGUUUAUUUUAAAUAAAGUGUUGACAGGCUGUACA